UCUUUAACAAAUGUGUUACGAUAAUUGUGUUUUAUUGUUUGAAAAAAUAAUUCGAAAUGCAGACCCCUUCGAGGAGAAACGUAGAGAAAAUCAGGAGUAAAGAUAGAGUUAAAAUGGACAUAUCAAAUACUUCACGUAAAACUGACGAUGAAAAACUUAAAAAUGCAACAACGCCCAGAAAUUAUCUACAAACUACAACGACAGCUGAUAUAUACGCUAGAAAGAAAACCGAAGUUUCACAAGCACCUAAAAAGGCGUUUUCAUCAACAAUAAAUACAGCUAAAAAUGUAUCGCCAAUGAAGGAUUAUUUAAAAUCAAAUUCAAAUGUCAGCGUAAGAAAAAGUACAACAAAGAUGGCCGCCGAAAAAAAAAUGGAGGCAAAAAAUUUACAUUCAGCCAGAACGCCACGUAUAGUAAAAGCCCAGGCACCAGCAAAUGUAACUGUCAAUUCGCCAGUUUUAAAAAGGUCUGUUGAUACAAAGAAAUCGAAUUUAAGUACCGUUAGACCUAUACCCAAUGCUAAUAAAGUCGGUGAGGAAAAAUCCAAUAUGGCGGAUAUAUUUUUUAGACAGCGUUCAAAAACAAGAACAUUAGAUGAAAAUGAGGUCAAGGUAUUGAAAGUCGAUGGAGUGGAUAAUAAUGCGGAAAUGAAAAAUUUGUCAAAGAAACUUAGCGCGAAGCCGAAAGCUUUUUUUGUACACUUGAAGGAUGAAGAGGCAAAGGUAGAAAAAGAAAAAUCCAGUGAAGAGGAAGUGAGUUAUGAAGAUGAUUUCGAAAGUUAUGAAUCGGAUUUCGAGUCAUAUCAAAGCGAAUCUCAUAGCGACGGUAAUUCUGCAACUGACGAAGAUGCUCACAAUUCAGAAACUGAUUUUAACAUAGCUACAAAAGAAAUUAAUGUCAAAGAUAACGAAGAAAAGAUGCUAGAUUCAGGCAGUUUCGAUCUACGGGACCCACAGAGAUCAGCUCAGAAGAAAACUCCGCUAGACCUCAUAGACGAGGUUACAGAGAAUUUUGACAAAAGAAUCUCGUUGACGGAUGAGGGUUUCCAAGAUAUGUCUACGUCCAGCGUCUCCAGUAUGAAGACUGUUCAUGUUGAUGUCUUGGACAGGCCUCUCUUUAUAGACUUUGCAGUAUCGAAAAGGAAUAGAAAAAAACGGCGCAUAUUUCAACAACUGGAACAAAGAGCGAAAGAUAUUUUAAGUAUGGUAACACUACACGAAAUGACGUACACGUUGUUUGAAAUGCAACCGAUACCGUACGAUUUGUAUAUGGCAACAUUCGGUGGUAGGAACUCUAUGCAGGUGGCUGUGCAGACGUUUGAUGAUGGUAUCACUAAGGAGGUGCAGACUGAAGAGGUUUUAUACCAACAUAAAUGGACUCAACAUCCGAUUGAGUUUUCGAAAUUUAUUCCUGAGAAAGAAAAGCCUGUACAACCAAGUACUAGUGAUGAUUUUUUUAUUAAAUUUCCUUUACUACAAGAAGAUAAGAAAAUAUAUGAUAUAGAUGUUUACAAUAACAACCAGUUACGUAUAUUUUUAGAGCAAAAAGAUGGAGUAGGUCCAGAUGUUAUUCUGCCACAUGAAAUAUAUACAAAUAAACUAAAAAAUACCAAUUUCAAUGUAAAUAGAUUGAAGAAGUUUUUAAAAAAGACGGAAAGUCGAAUUAGUAAUAUUUUAAGUUUAAAUGCUGGCAACACUGACAUUUUUAAUUUGACGAAAUGUACCAAAUUCCCUUUCAGCACAGGUUAUAUUACUAUUAAUACUCAAAAUGAUAUAUUUUAUAAGGAUUUGAAAGUUUUGAAUGUAAUUUUUUCGACAAAUAAAGGUAAUUUAUUGAUAACGGUGCAUGAAAAGAGUAAAGAUUUGCAGAAAUGUGUUCUUUGUCUAUGGGAUUUAUCUGGUAUUUUAAAGGAGCCGAUAAAAAUUUUAAUAGCCCCAGAUAAUGUUAGUUUGGGUCAAUUCCGUGGAGGUACUGACGGGAUAAUCGUUGCUGCUUUGGAAGAUGGGUCUAUUCAUUUAUGGGAUCUAUCAGAAAAAGCUACAUGGAUAAAUGAUACCGGUGACGAAAUAUCUACCAAUUUGGUAGAAAUUGAUACCAAUGGAAUGACACAGACGGAAAUUGACAGAGAAUGGAAUUUAAAGAACAGCAAAAAUAAACAAAAUGAAAAGAUUCCACGACCAAUGCAAAUCAGUGCUUAUACAAAUAGCGGUGUUAAUAUUAUAGAGAGAGGUGUAAAUGAUUGUAUUGUAGCUUUGGAAUUUAUUGGAGAAUCUUCGAUGACCGGCAAAGAUGAUGGCAGGAAAAUUAUAGCUCAGAUAUGUUCUUUACAACGUAUUGGUAUUUUAACAAUAUACGCAGUGGUUCAAGAAAGAUCUAGAAAGAAAUAUAAGGAUAUCGGAAAAGCUUUUUGGUCGAAAAUGGCGUUAGAAAAAACACAAACAAUUCAUUUGAUAGAUUAUUUGGAUGUUCAAAAUAUCGAAAUAGAUAAUAUUAAUAAAACAUUCAAUUUAAAUUCCUCUAAAAGGAGAAUAUCUAAUAAAAGAUUGGAACGAAAACUGACAACUCGUCAGUCAGCUGUCAGACAAAGUGUUGCCAGUGGUAAUAAAACAAAGAAUAAGACAAAUAUAUGGGAAACAGGAAUUUUAUGUUACGAUAUGAAAAUACUAAGAAUAGAUAAUACGGAUAACUUUUUAAUAGCUAAGAAUUGUGGAGAAGUGUUACGUUGUGUCAGAUUUACGGGGAUUUUUAAAGUUUUUAGGUUAUGUGUUGCGAAUGAUACAUGUUGUAUAACAUGUUUAGAGAUAUCUCAGAAUUCGUUACCAGUAAUGCUAGCGGGCACAGACUCCGGGACAGUGAAUUUGUGUUCUAUAAAAGAUUUUAGAGUUUUGCUAACAUUGGAUUGCGGUAAUGUUAAUAGUACCGCAACAGAGAAAUAUAAAACUGAUUCAAAAGGUCGAUAUAUCAGUAGUAUUCAAACGGACAACACAACAGAUCUGAAUUAUAUUGGAAAGGAAGGAAAGAUGUCAGUAAGAUCUUUAGUAUGGCCACGUAAUAAUCCAUUUGAUAUCGUCGCUGUACUGGGUGGGGGCGAGGUCGUCGCUUGGAGACUCACUAAUAGCGAUAUUGCUCCUACAAAAGUCGCUGAUGGCAAUGAAAUUGUCGCUAAUGGACAUACUAUGGCGUUAGUGACGCAGAAUGAAGUUCAGAUUUACAGGAUAUCAAAUGAGAAACAAGAAGAUAAUUUACAACUUUUCAAACGAUAUCUAACACUUUUAUAAAUGUUUGUUUUAAGAAAACGUUGGUUAGUUACAAGUGAUGUAU